AUGCAGAAGUUUGUCGACCUCGCCCACCGAGCGACCGUCACGGGCCUCGCUGGCCUCGGUAUCUGGGGUCUCUGGCUCACUGCCGCCGUGUGGAAGAGCAGGAGAGACGAUCGCGCUAUCCAUGCUGCAGUAGGCCCGCCGGCCAUCGGCUACCAGGAUCCCAACCCGGUCACCAACGACCCCAAGCACGAGCCGGCACGACGGGUAUGA